CUCGUUUUGAAUGUUACCGGAAGUGAUAAUUUUUUCAAAUAUUUCACAAAUAAGCGCUAAAAGUCAAUUAAAAUGUUGAGUUAACCAUCAUUAACAAAAGUAACAUAGGCGAAUGAACUAUAAUAAUAUUGUCCAUUGCUUUAGCACAAAAAUAUGAAGAUAUAGCCAUGACAAAUAAGCCAUUUAGGAUAAAAAUCAUCAGCAUGGGAAAUGCUGAAGUUGGAAAGAGUUGCAUCAUCAAAAGAUACUGUGAGAAGAGAUUUGUAAACAAAUACCUUGCAACUAUAGGUAUAGAUUAUGGUGUAACCAAAGUGAAGGUGAACGAAAGAGAUGUAAAAGUGAAUAUAUUUGAUAUGGCAGGUCAUCCAAUUUUCUAUGAGGUGCGAAAUGAGUUCUAUACGGAUACCCAGGGUGCAAUCUUAGUGUUUGAUGUUGGCAACACAGGGAGCUUUGAAUCCCUCGAGUUAUGGUUGAACGAGAUGAAGUCAAAUCUCACAAACCCUGCAGAAAUGGAAAACAUCAACUUUGUAGUAUGUGCAAAUAAGACUGAUAAGAAGAGGCAAGUGGAUGAGGCAGAUGGGAGACUCUGGGCAGACAGCAAGGGCUUUAAAUACUUUGAGACUUCGGCACAGAAUGGCGAUGGCGUACAGGAGAUGUUUCAGGCUCUGUUUGAAGGAGUCGUGGAUACAGUUGAAAAUGGUGGAAAGGUUCAACCAAUCGCAACACAGCUAGGUUAUACCAAAGAGCAAGCUGAGGCAGUGCAGAGGUUGAAAACUGCCAAAGAUAAUUAUGAGAGACUUGGACUCAGUAUGGGAUGUACAAAGGAUGAUAUAAAUAAAUCUUAUAGAAAACUGGCUCUAUUGCUGCAUCCAGACAAAAAUGUUGCCCCAGGGAGUGAGGCGGCAUUUAAACUGCUGGUGGCUGCCAGGACUGCUCUACUCAAGAACAUCAGAUAACAUCAAUGAACACCAGUCAGCGCUCACCAGUCACCAUGAAUUGUGCGAUUUCUUAAGACUAUUUAUUGUGGAAUUGUUCAUCAAGGAAGAUCAGUUGAAGAAAAAUAUUCCUGUUCUUUGGACUAUUUAUUCAGGAGUUCAGCUCAAUAGAGAGCCAUCUAACAAAGGAUAUUUUAACCAAUGCAGAUUGAAUGAAGAAAAAUUUUCCUGGUUUUACUGUAUGUAAUCAUUUAUUGGAUUUUGAGCUGAAGAAUGAACAAAUCUGCUUGAAAACAUUUCACAUUAAGAAUGUGAUGAAAUGUAUCUUCCAGUCAUAUAAAUUAUAAUCCAUCCACAGUAUAUCCGUCCAAACUCUAAACUGUAUGGGAUAUACAUGUAUGUCUUGCAUCAAAUUCCUGACCCCUACUUUCAAUAUUUCUUGCAUGAUUGACAAGAAAUUUGGAGGGUGGGAAGGCAGGUGCUGGAUGCAAGAUUAUGGAAUAUCUCUCUUAGAACUACUAUGAUCUCAUAUUUCUUAAAAUGCUACCUCUGCUAUGUAGUAUGUAGUAUAUUUUACACCUGUAAUAUGUAGUUAACUAUUUUACA